AUGCCCGAAGAAAUGGUGGUGUUCAAGGUUGCUCGUAUCCAAACCACGCCUUACGAUGGCCAGAAACCAGGGACAUCCGGUCUGAGGAAGAAGGUGAAAGUGUUCACUCAACCUAAUUACUUGCAUAAUUUUGUUCAGUCAACAUUCAAUGCCCUUUCAGCAGAAAAAGUUAGAGGUGCUACACUGGUUGUUUCUGGUGAUGGCCGCUAUUUUUCUAAGGAAGCCAUCCAGAUUAUAAUUAAGAUGGCAGCUGCAAAUGGAGUAAGAUGUGUUUGGGUUGGACAGAAUGGUUUGCUGUCCACUCCUGCUGUAUCAGCUGUUAUCCGCGAAAGAGUUGGUCCUGAUGGGUCUAGGGCAUCAGGAGCAUUUAUAUUGACUGCAAGUCACAAUCCAGGUGGUCCCCAUGAGGAUUUUGGAAUUAAAUACAACAUGGAAAAUGGUGGACCUGCACCAGAAGGAAUUACAGAUAAGAUCUUCGAAAACACAAAAGUGAUAAAGGAAUACUUAAUGGCUGACUUGCCAGAUGUGGAUAUAUCUACAAUAGGCAUAACAAACUUCACUGGACCAGAGGGGCUAUUUGAUGUUGAUGUUUUUGAUUCAGCAACUGAUUAUGUGAAAUUGAUGAAUUAUGAUGCACUCAAUGGUGUUGCUGGAGCUUAUGCUAGGCGAACUUUUGUGGAGGAGCUUGGUGCACCAGAAAGCUCAUUGUUGAACUGUGUACCAAAGGAAGACUUUGGAGGAGGCCAUCCAGAUCCUAAUCUGACUUAUGCAAAGGAGUUGGUUGGACGCAUGGGAUUGGGUAAGUCAAGCUCUCAAGAGGAACCACCAGAAUUUGGUGCUGCUGCAGAUGGUGAUGCCGAUCGUAACAUGAUCCUUGGUAAAAGGUUUUUUGUUACUCCAUCAGAUUCAGUUGCUAUUAUUGCUGCAAAUGCUGUUCAAGCCAUACCUUACUUUUCUGCUGGUCUAAAGGGAGUUGCAAGGAGCAUGCCUACAUCUGCUGCACUUGAUGUUGUUGCUAAACAUUUAAAUCUGAAAUUUUUUGAGGUCCCUACUGGAUGGAAGUUCUUUGGUAACUUGAUGGAUGCUGGAUUAUGUUCAGUUUGUGGUGAAGAAAGUUUUGGCACUGGCUCGGACCAUAUUCGUGAGAAGGAUGGAAUCUGGGCUGUAUUGGCUUGGCUUUCUAUUCUUGCUUAUAGAAAUAAAGAUAACCUCAGUGGAGGAAAGCUUGUGACUGUUGAAGACAUUGUCCGCCAGCAUUGGGCUACCUUUGGUCGCCACUAUUAUACUCGAUAUGAUUAUGAGAAUGUUGAUGCAGGUGCAGCAAAAGAAUUGAUGGCACAUUUGGUCAAACUGCAGUCUGAUCUGGCCGAAGUUAACAAUAUUAGCUGGCACCAGUACUUUAAGAAGAUUCUUUUCAAUAUCGCUUCUGGUCCAUGUGUACAGGACAAGUAG